AUGGCUACGGAUUCUGCGCUGCAAACUCCGCCGCCGUCCCAGGCCUUUCCCACCCCGUCUACCACCCCCCAACGGGCCUCCAUUCACUCCCGAGGAGACUCCUCCCCAGGCCCUAUGACCUCUCCCACCUCUCCCACCUCUCUCCCAACCCAACCCUUCUCCCCCGAUGGGCGCAGCGACUACGACGACGUCAUCGAGGAGGACACCAUCUCCCCGCUGGACCCGCGCCGCUUCACGCCCACCCUUCACGCCUCGCUCGUCUCGGAGAUCUUGUCUCUGCGCCGGGAUGUUGAGAACAAAGCCAAGGCGAUCGACGUGCUCGAGCGCAGUCUGGACGACUCGCGCCACGAGAAUGAAGACCUCACCGAGCGUCUGUCCAAGUCCUCCCGCGAGACCCGCUCGCUCAAGCACCAGCUUCAGCUGCUCGAGGGCGGCUCCUCGUCCGCUCUUACCGAGCUCGCCAAAGAGCGCGAUGACGCCCUGGAGAACAUCGCCGAGGUGCGCCGUAAGCUCGACCAGGCGCAGAAGCGCGCCCGCAGCCGCGACGAGGAGGUCGACCGCACCCUGCAGCUCUGGGAUCGUGAAAAGCAGACCUGGGAGGCCGAGCGGCGCGGUUUGGAACGCAAGGUGCAUGUUGUCGAGGGGCGGUUGAAGAUCGUGCUGGAGGAAGUCGCCGCGGCGCAGGCGGCCGGCUCGUUCCAUCCGCCGACGCGUGAUGCGCCUGAACCGCCCCAUGAAAGCAUCCCGGGUAAGGAUAGCGAUACCUUGAGUCUGCGGUCGAGCAGUCAGGAGCGGCGUCGGACGAGCGUGACGAGCGUUAGUUCUGAUGAAGGCGAUUGCCAUAAUAUCCGCUACUCGGUGGCGAGUGUCGCCAAUAUGCCGGGGAUGAAGAAUGAUGGGCUGAACCUGGCGCAGGAGCUGGCGUUUGACGAAGAGGAUGAGUUUGAUUUGCCGGAGGAGCAUGAUCUGACGCCCGAUUCGCCCGAGGCGCUGCCAGAGGAACGUCCGGCCUCCGUCAACUCCCACACGUCCUAUAAUAUGGGCGAGAAGGCACGAAAGAUCCUGGGUCUGUCGCUCCAAGGCGGCGUGGAUCACUUAGGGCUUCGCACAGACGGCAGCGUAGAGGCCACCAGCCCCUUGAAGCCCGCGAUUACUUUCGUGUAUCGCGAUGCGGGCAUUCAGUAUUCUCCGCCGCCGUCUCCUACAGUCGAGGAUAAGGCGGAAGACUUGCACCCCAAGGAAACUACAACAGAUAUGGUGUCCACGUCUUGCCAGACCGUGGGCGAGCUGCCAACGCCGCCAUGGACGCCCAAUAUCGGCGAAGCGUCGCCGCCCAGGGACCUGCAACAGACAUAUAUGGUGUGCGCAUCUGUCCAGACGGAACAGCCUCCUGCUAGUGAAGACGCUACGAAGGAGCCCUCCCCAGACCGGAGCCCCGAUCUCGACGUCCCCAUGAUCACCAUUCACCCCCCAUGCUCGGAGCCGUCCUCGCCGAGAGGCAGCGUGGUGCUGCCGCCGCAGACGAAGAAUGCUUCCUGUCAAGCGAACUUCGGCCCCAUGGUCCCGAGUCGGACGAUCGGCAUCCAGACGGAGGAGAUUCGCAUCGAUAAGCGGCCGGUCAAGCUCCCCGCGAGCCUCCUGCCAUCCGCGAUUCAGGAUCUCCCCUUGAAAAGUAGCCAGGAUGUCCCCGUACAGCCGUAUCGUCCACCCCCUCCGCGGACAGCGAAAGGCGAUAUCGCCGCGCCACCCAUCCCAGCAAAGGCGCCAGGACGGAAUAAGUCGGUGAGUCAAGUGCAGCAGGCGUAUCCAGGGAAUAACGACAACGGGCCUCUAUCGAACGAGUCCAGGUCGGACAUGAGACGGCCCAUGCGAAGUAGCAGUCUCUUCGCGGGAUUCGAUCAGGGCAGUGACGAUGAAUCGCCCAAGGCGGCCAGGGAUAUCUUCACCGACGACGAGCUUCUCAAUCGCCCGUUUGCCGCCUAUAAGAUCCGGAGAGGUAAACUGGUCUCCGCGCAGGAACGCACGAGCUUUGACGAUCUUGCCGUAGCGGAAGUCGAUGAGCAUCUGCUCGAUCCGGAGUCGCAGAUCUACGAACCAACCCCUGCACACGAGAAGGACCAGGCUGGUCCGUCCCACGCCGGCCAACGUUCCGGCGUGCGCCAGCAGGACAUCCGAAGGGCGGCCAUGAUCUCCAACGGUGCCGCCGCCCACCAAAAAAUACGGACCCGGAGCCCGAGUGAGCCCAGUCUCGAUGAUAGCAUGAGCGGCGCAUCGAGUGUCGCUCCGCCCUUCCCUGUCCCCAUCCGGCUCAGCUCCCGGAAGUUCCCUCACUCAGGAAGCGAUGGUCGUCAGAGUCCGACUCCGUCGUUCCCGCGAAACUUCUCUGACCGAGGCGGCCACUCGAUCGUCCGCCGGCCUACGCUGCGUCGCGUCCGCUCCGCUGCUGCAAUGUCUCAAACUGAGACUGAGAGGCCGCCCAGCAGAGCGUCCCCCAUGUCGACGUCUUCCUACAACACGGAAAGCCCUCGGCAGCGGCCACCUCUCCCGUUCGACGACGUGACCAUGCCACUAGACCGACGGUUCAAUGGACGUCCCACCCAUCGACGGGUACCCUCACGGGCUCCCUCCAGCGGGUUUAUGCACGAGCGAGAAGAUUCGACGGCCACGUCUGUGCAGCCGACGAGCGUGGUGGACGCGAUUGCGCAGACGAUGGUGGGCGAGUGGAUGUUCAAAUACGUCCGACGACGGUCGUUCGGCGUCGGCGAGUCCAAGGACGCCUGGGAGAACAAGCACCCCGAGGAAGUGUCGGCCAACAUCACGAACAGCGGCGUCCGCCACAAACGAUGGGUGUGGCUGGCCCCGUACGAGCGCGCCGUCAUGUGGAGCAGCAAGCAGCCGACCAGUGGGCCAGCGCUGCUUGGCAAAAGUGGCCGAAAGUUAACCAUCCAAUCCGUCCUCGACGUCAAAGACGACAACCCCCUGCCCAAGGGCGCCAACCAGGCCGCCCCCUUCAACCGCUCCAUCCUCAUCCUCACGCCCAAACGCGCGCUGAAGUUCACCGCCACCAGCGUCGAACGGCACUACGUCUGGCUGACGGCGCUCUCCUUCCUCAGCCACUCGGGCAUCCACGACCUCGACGCGCUGCCACCCGUCCCGCAAGAGGAAUACACCUCCCCGGCGGCCCCCACCGCGGCCCUCCGCCGCAACCCCAUCCGCGAUUCGAUCCGCAUCGCAAAGGGUCGCCCACGACCCACCCCGAAGGGCAAACGAGCCCUCAACCACCCGGAGCCGGUGCCGGAAAUCGACCCGGCGAUGCUGGACGCCGCCGACCCGCCGACCGUCCCGCGCUUCUCCAACCACAGCCGCAAACGCAGCAACACGGCGCCGCGCAUCCCCAUCCCGACCAUCCGCAGCUUCUCCAGCCAGGGCACGAUGCCGUCGGUCGCGUCGACGCGGGCGUCGUCCGAUACCCACGGGGCGGCGCUGCCACCGUCGGUGCCGGGCCCGGGGCAGUCGCACAUGGCUGGCGGCGGCGCAGGCCCGGGGACUAUGACCAGCGGCCGCAGCAGCGGCAGCCGGCGCACGUCGGAGACGAGCGUGCGCACGGGCAAUUUCUUCGAGGCCAUCGGCACGGUGCGCAUGGAGGCGUUUAUCGACCAGACCGAGUCGAACCGGCAUCGCGUGGCGGCGGGCGGUCGCCGGCACAUCCGCAAGCCGUCCAGCCCGUGGAGUCUGCGACAGGCGGGGCUUCAUGAGGUGGAUUUGCUGUACGAGGAGGAAAUGCCGGAUCCGUUCCGCGGGUUUUGA